CCCCUCUCUCCACACCCACACAGACACCUCUCUAAUUCCUUCCAGUGUUCCUUUUCAGUUUUCCUUCGCUCUAACCAACGCGAGCUAUUUUCUUAUUUUCUUAUUUAUUACAAAUGGCCGUGAAGCCAGUGGCCUCAGCUGCCGGGUCGACCCCGCUGGGGCCGGCGGCGAACGAGAAGGACGCCGAGAGGCUGCGGUUCAUCGAGGAGAUGACCGCGAACGCCGACGCCGUCCAGGAGCGGGUGCUUGGCGAGAUCCUCGCCCGCAACGCCGACACCGAGUACCUCCGCCGCUUCGGGCUCGGCGGCGCCACCGACCGCGCCGCCUUCAAGGCGAAGGCCCCGGUUGUGACCUACGAGGACCUGCAGCCGGAGAUCCAGCGCAUCGCCAACGGCGACCGCUCCCCGAUCCUCUCUGCACACCCCAUCUCCGAGUUCCUCACCAGUUCGGGAACUUCUGCGGGCGAGCGGAAGCUGAUGCCGACCAUCAAGGAAGAGCUCGACCGCCGCCAACUCCUCUACAGUCUCCUCAUGCCCGUCAUGAACCUGUACGUGCCGGGGCUGGACAAAGGCAAGGGGCUCUACUUCUUGUUCGUGAAGUCGGAGACGAAGACGCCCGGCGGCCUCCCCGCCCGGCCGGUGCUGACGAGCUACUACAAGAGCGAGCACUUCAAGAGCCGUCCCUACGACCCCUACAACGUGUACACGAGCCCGACGGCCGCGAUCCUCUGCGCCGACUCCUUCCAGAGCAUGUACGCCCAGAUGCUCUGCGGCCUCUACCAGCGCCUCGACGUGCUCCGCGUCGGCGCCGUGUUCGCCUCGGGCCUCCUCCGCGCCAUCCGCUUCCUGCAGCUCCACUGGGAGCAGCUCGCCGCCGACAUCGAAUCGGGCGCGCUCACCCCGCGCGUCGCCGACCCCUCGGUCCGCGAGGCCGUGGCCGACCUCAUCCGCCCCGACCCGGCGCUGGCCCGGCUCGUGGUCGCCGAGUGCUCCAAGGGCGACUGGGCCGGGAUCGUCACCCGGAUGUGGCCGAACACCAAGUACCUGGACGUGAUCGUCACCGGGGCGAUGGCGCAGUACAUACCGACGCUCGAAUACUACAGCGGCGGGCUCCCGAUGGCGUGCACCAUGUACGCGUCGUCGGAGUGCUACUUCGGCAUCAACCUCCGCCCGAUGUGCGCGCCGUCGGAGGUCUCCUACACCAUCAUGCCCAACAUGGCCUACUUCGAAUUCCUCCCCCUCGACGACAGCGACGGCGGCGCCAAAUUCGGCGCGGGGGAGUGGAGCCGGCUGGUCGACCUGGCCGACGUCCGGGUCGGCGGCGAGUACGAGCUGGUGAUCACGACGUACGCGGGGCUCUACCGCUACCGCGUGGGCGACAUCCUCCGCGUGACCGGCUUCCACAACGCCGCACCGCAGUUCCGCUUCGUGCGCCGCAAGAACGUGCUGCUGAGCAUCGAGUCCGACAAGACCGACGAGUCGGAGCUGCAGAAGGCCGUGGAGGCCGCGUCGGAGGUGCUGAAGCCGUACGACGCGGCCAUCGUCGAGUACACGAGCCACGCCUACACGAAGACGAUUCCGGGCCACUACGUGAUAUACUUCGAGCUGCUGCUCAAGGAAGGCGGCCGGGGAUCGUCGGCCGGCCGGGUCGAGGAGGACGGCGUGAUCGAGCGGUGCUGCGGGGCAAUGGAGGAGGCGAUGAACGCCGUGUACCGGCAAAGCCGGGUGGCCGACGGCUCGAUCGGGCCGCUGGAGAUACGCGUGGUGCGGCCGGGGACGUUCGAGGAGCUGAUGGACUACUGCAUCGCCCGCGGCGCGUCCAUCAACCAGUACAAGGUGCCGCGCUGCGUGACCUUCCCGCCGAUCGUCGAGCUGCUCGACUCCCGGGCCGUGUCGGCGCACUUCAGCCCCGCGCCGCCUAAGUGGUCUCCCCACCGCUCAGCCUGAACACCCCUACUCCCCUUUGAAAAUUUGUCUUAGGCAAUUAAACAGUGCAGCAGCUGCAGAUUCUUAAUUCUGUGCAUUUAUUUCCGUGCCACCACUGGUGGGGAUUUAGUUACCUUAUUAUUAGUUUCUUUUGGGGGGUCAACUUUUUUUCUUUUCUCUUUUUGUUUUUUUUUUUAACCCUCAUGAGCACAUUUCUUUUUGUUUUUUUUUUUUUUUCUCAUUUUAUAAUGUAGGAGAUGUAGUAAUGUUAUCUGACUGUGUUGGCGCAGAAGAGCAGCAUGCAUGGGGAGUUUAAAUCGUUGUUACUUAAUUUAAUUGUACAAGAUAGAGUUAUAUAUUAAUCACCAUAUUUUAUC